UGCUUGCUCAUUGCCAGUUUGACGGCGUAAGAGUUAACGUCAGUAGGCAGCAAGACGUAAACGAAAAUGGUUGUGUUUUUGUUGUUACGUGAACGUUGAUUUAUUUAUGCAUCGUUUUUUUGCGAUUUUUUUUUUGGUGAUGUGCGUGUUACUCGGGAACAACAAUUCAAAUCAUACAUAAUAAUGAUGAGUGCUAAGUGGCCGGUAUAUUGCAAAUAUUGCUAAAGAUAAUUUAAAUAUAUACAACUGCAGCAACAACAACAACAACUGCAGCAACGUCAACAUCAAAACACAACUGUGCAAAAUAGAAAAAAAAAGAAGGAAAAUAAUUGAAAAAGUUCAACAACAAAAGGCAAAUGAAUGUGAGAAGAAUCGUUAACAACAACAACAAAGUUGCUCAAUAUGAGCUUUUGAGCAAUAACAACAACAACUACGACGACAACAACAACAACAACAACAACACCAACAACCAACAACAGCAGCAACAACAACAUGCAACACAGCAACAACAACACAAUUGAAAUUUCUAGGCCAAGGCCUGAGAAAAAGUGCAACAAAAAUUAAAAAUUUCAAAAAAAAAAAAAAAUUACAAAAAGAUAAAAAAAAAAAAUACAAAAUCCUACAAAAAAAAAAAAAUCAAGUUACAAAUUCAAUUCGAUAAAAAGUAAUAAUAAUUUUUUUGUUAAUACCCCAAGAAAUCAAAUCAAUCUUUUAUUGUUUAAUAUAUAUAUCCAGAAAAGUAUAUAAAUAUAAAUAUAUAUAUAUAUAUAUCGUAUAUCUAUGUAUGUAUGUGCUCAUGCAUUUCUGUGUGUGUGAUUAUGUGUGUGUGUGUGUGUUUAUUUCCCCAAUGUGCAUUCCAUCCAUUAAUCUAAACAUAACUCGAUAAUUCGAUAAUUCGAUAACAACAAUUAACGACAAAUAACUAAUUAAUUGCUAUUUGUUUAUGUGCAAUAAUUGCAAACGAUAACAAACAACAAUCAAUACAAAACAAAAAAUACGACAAAACUAAACCCACAACAAUCGAUAACCCACACAACAACAACAACCGAUAAUCCGAUAAUCAAUCCAACAAAAAUGGCGGACAUCAUGCGUCCGCCGUUUAGUGAAAUUAAGCGGCCCGACGAAAUUGUCAGAAUGACAACCGCCGAUAAUUUGAAAUUUGCCGUCCUCAUCGGCCUCAUCGAGGUGGGCCAGGUGACCAAUCGGGAGGUGGUCAACACAGUUCUACACUUGGUAAGUUCUUGAUCACUUAUUUGUCUC